GGCAUGCAGAUGGCCUGCCCCCGGCGGACGCCAACGGCAAAUCGGAUCCCUUUUGUAGCGUGCAGCUGGUGGGGAAGCCCUUCUCCAGGUCUUCGACCACCAUUAAAGCCCGGACGCUGGAUCCUGUUUGGAACGAGACACUCACAGACAAGCACCGCUACGAAGUUGGCGAUGCGAUCUCCUUCAAGGUUUGGGACUACGACAAAGCCGGAGGAAACGACCUCCUUGGCGAGUACGUUCUGGAGGGUCCUCACUUCCACAAGCCAGGAGGCUUUGAUGGGGAGUUGAACCUCCAGUGCCCCGACCCCAAGUAUGCGCCGGUGCUGAGCGUGAAGAUCCUCGUAAGGGAGCUGGAGGAAGCUGCCCAGGUGUCUGCAUCUGAAGCCACGGAAGCCGAAGAGGCCGAGGCCUGA